AUGGCUCUGUGGUCUCGGGUGUGUGCGGUGUGUGCUCUCCGGGCUUCCCGGCCCCCCGGUUGGGCAGAGCCCGGGGGCUCGUUCCUGCGGGCCCACGGUAGCGAGGACGGGCCGCUCCUCCCCUUCAAAGAGGCGGGAGGAAAAGAUGCGUGGCAUUUAUUUAUGGCGUUAGAGAUGGCGAUCGAAUUUCGGAUUCAAAUCCGAGAGGGUUGCACACAGAAGUAUAUUGUGAAGAACUACUUCUACUACUACUUGUUCAAGUUUUCAGCUGCUUUGGGUGAAGAGGUUUUCUAUAUCACUUUCCUUCCAUUUAUGCACUGGAACAUUGAUCACUCUGUGACUAGAAGAAUGACAAUUAUUUGGUGUAUUGUGAUGUACAUAGGCCAGGUCUCCAAGGACAUCCUGAAGUGGCCUCGGCCCCUCUCACCACCUGUCGUCAAGCUGGAGAUGAGGACAGUGGCAGAGUACGGGAUGCCCUCCACCCACGCCAUGGCAGCCACCGCCAUCUCCUUCUCCUUCUUCAGCAGCACCGUGAGCCAGUACCAGUAUCCAUUUGAACUAGGCCUGGCAGCAGCGUUUGUGUUCUCCACACUGGUGUGUCUCAGCAGGCUCUACACGGGGAUGCACACGGUGCUGGAUGUGAUCGGUGGAGCGCUGAUCUCGGCCCUGCUGCUCCUGCUCUUGGAUCCCGCGUGGGACACAAUAGAUCACUUGCUGUUUACCAGUCCCUUCUCUCCACUGCUGUCCUUAGUUGUGCCUCUUGUCUUGUGUUACAACUACCCCAAACUAGACUAUUACAGGCCUACCAGGGGAGACACCACUAUAAUCUUAGGAGCGGGAGGUGGAGCAACUGUGGGAUGUUGGUUAAGUAACCAGUGUGCAGCACCAGCCCACACCAGUGCACAUUUUCAGCUUGGAUUUUCCCUGAUCACUAGUAAAGUGAUGCUGGUCAUGCUAGCCAGGUUCUGUGUAGGGAUCCUCAUCAUUCUGCUGACUCGCUGGCUCAUGAAGAGUGUGGCCCUUGGCCUGCUGGGGUAUUGGUUCAAGUUUCCCACCGGAGACCUGGAAGCCCAAAGACGGUUGGAAGUUGAAGUGCCCUAUAAAUUCAUAACGUACUCCUCAGUUGGCUUCAGUGCUACUGUGCUCGUGCCACUGCUGCACGAGCUGCUGGGACUGAUGUGA